AUGGCAGGAGAGCUGGCUGACAAAAAGGACCGUGAUGCAUCACCUUCCAAGGAGGAAAGAAAGCGAUCUCGGACUCCUGACAGAGAACGGGAUAGAGACCGGGACCGGAAGUCUUCCCCAUCCAAAGACAGGAAGCGGCAUCGUUCAAGGGAUAGGCGUCGAGGAGGUAGCCGUUCUCGCUCCCGGUCCCGUUCCAAGUCUACAGAAAGAGAGCGAAGGCACAAAGAACGAGAACGGGAUAAGGAGCGUGAUCGGAAUAAGAAGGACCGAGACCGGGAUAAGGAUGGGCACCGACGGGACAAGGACCGGAAACGAUCCAGUUUAUCUCCUGGCCGAGGAAAAGAUUUUAAAUCUCGGAAAGACAGAGACUCUAAGAAGGAUGAAGACGAUGAACAUGGUGAUAAGAAACCUAAGGCUCAGCCGUUAUCCCUGGAGGAACUUCUGGCCAAGAAGAAGGCUGAGGAAGAAGCUGAGGCUAAGCCCAAGUUCCUCUCCAAAGCGGAACGAGAGGCUGAAGCCCUAAAGCGACGACAGCAGGAGGUGGAGGAGCGACAGAGGAUGCUCGAAGAAGAGCGCAAGAAAAGGAAACAGUUCCAAGACUUGGGCAGGAAAAUGUUGGAAGACCCUCAGGAACGGGAACGUCGGGAACGCAGGGAGAGGAUGGAGCGGGAGACCAAUGGAAAUGAGGAUGAGGAAGGGCGACAGAAGAUCCGGGAAGAGAAGGAUAAGAGCAAGGAACUGCAUGCCAUUAAGGAGCGCUAUCUGGGUGGUAUCAAGAAGCGGCGCCGAACAAGGCAUCUCAAUGACCGCAAGUUUGUCUUUGAGUGGGACGCAUCGGAGGACACGUCCAUCGACUACAACCCCCUAUACAAGGAACGGCACCAGGUGCAGUUGUUGGGGCGAGGCUUCAUUGCAGGCAUUGACCUGAAGCAGCAGAAACGAGAGCAGUCACGUUUCUACGGAGACCUGAUGGAGAAGAGGCGGACACUGGAAGAAAAGGAGCAGGAGGAGGCCAGACUCCGCAAGCUCCGUAAGAAGGAAGCCAAGCAGCGCUGGGAUGAUCGGCACUGGUCCCAGAAGAAGUUAGAUGAGAUGACGGACCGGGACUGGCGGAUCUUCCGAGAGGACUACAGCAUCACCACCAAAGGUGGCAAGAUCCCCAAUCCCAUCCGGUCCUGGAAAGACUCUUCUCUGCCCCCGCACAUCUUGGAGGUCAUCGAUAAGUGCGGGUACAAGGAACCAACACCUAUCCAGCGUCAAGCAAUUCCCAUUGGGCUACAGAAUCGUGACAUCAUUGGUGUGGCUGAGACCGGCAGUGGCAAGACAGCAGCCUUCCUCAUCCCAUUGCUCGUCUGGAUCACCACUCUCCCCAAAAUUGACAGGAUCGAAGAGUCAGACCAAGGCCCUUAUGCCAUCAUCCUGGCCCCCACUCGUGAGUUGGCUCAGCAGAUUGAGGAAGAGACCAUCAAGUUUGGGAAGCCACUGGGCAUCCGCACUGUGGCUGUCAUUGGCGGCAUCUCCAGAGAGGACCAGGGCUUCAGGCUGCGCAUGGGCUGUGAGAUUGUGAUAGCUACCCCAGGACGUCUGAUUGAUGUGCUGGAGAACCGUUACCUUGUGCUGAGCCGCUGUACCUAUGUGGUUCUGGAUGAGGCAGAUAGGAUGAUUGACAUGGGCUUUGAGCCAGAUGUCCAGAAGAUCCUGGAGCACAUGCCUGUCAGCAACCAGAAGCCGGACACGGAUGAAGCUGAGGACCCUGAGAAGAUGUUGGCCAACUUUGAGUCAGGAAAACAUAAGUACCGCCAAACAGUCAUGUUUACGGCCACCAUGCCCCCAGCGGUGGAGCGUCUGGCCCGGAGCUAUCUGCGGCGACCUGCUGUGGUGUACAUUGGCUCUGCAGGCAAGCCUCAUGAACGUGUGGAACAGAAGGUCUUCCUCAUGUCAGAGUCGGAAAAGAGGAAAAAGCUGCUGGCAAUCUUGGAACAAGGCUUUGAUCCACCCAUUAUCAUUUUUGUCAACCAGAAGAAGGGCUGCGAUGUUUUGGCCAAAUCUCUGGAGAAGAUGGGGUACAAUGCUUGCACGCUGCAUGGUGGAAAAGGCCAGGAGCAGCGAGAGUUUGCACUGUCCAACCUCAAGGCUGGGGCCAAGGAUAUUUUGGUGGCUACAGAUGUGGCGGGUCGUGGUAUCGACAUCCAAGAUGUGUCUAUGGUUGUCAACUAUGAUAUGGCCAAAAACAUUGAAGUCCUGCCUGCCCGCGCGCCCUCUGGGGAGCUUUGCACAAGGGUGACAAUGGAGAGCGGUUGUGCCACACGGGCAGGUGGGGCCCAGUUGUGGCCUGUUGUGGUGUGCCAGCGGCUGGAUGGCACCUAG